AUGAGAAUAUUUAUAGAGGAUCCGGAUUUGAAUAGAAAUAGUAAGUUUUUUGUGCUUUUUUUUCAAAAAUCAAUGAUUUUUCUGCUGAAAAAUUGAAGUUUCAUUUUCCAAAAAAGUCUCCAAAAAUCCAUGAUUUUUCUGAGAAAAAAAUCCUUUUUUUCUACUGAAAAAUUGAAAUUUUAUUGAUUUUUGAAAUUUAAAUUUUGAUGAGAAAAAACACAGUUUGUAAUUUACAAAGCCAAAUCGAUAGACCUCAAAUUUUUCGAUAAUUUUUGGUGUAGAUCAAAAAUAAUUUUUCUCUAAAUCUCUCAUGUUUUGAUUGUGUCAAGUCUCAAAAAAAAUGCAUGAAACAUUUCAAUUUUUCUGCUCAAAAUUUAGGAUUUUUAAUCAAAGUUCAAAAUUUUACAGAUCAAAUCAAGUUUCAUAACGUUUCCAAGUUCAAUUUCAAUUUGAUUUGGAUGUUAGAAAAUCGAUAUUUGCAUGGAUGUUUCUAUGAAAGAUGUUAUAUGUUUGGCUGUGAAAAUGCUCGAUUUUUGAGUGAGUUUCUUUUUCAAGAUAUUUCAAAAAUUCCUCGUUUUGAGCUGAAAAAAUCAGAGUUGUAUUGAUUUUAAAAAAUACAAAAGAAAUUCAAAAAGUACAAUUUGUCUAAAAAUUUGUCAGAGAAAUCGGAUAGUAGUAUCAAAUUUUCACAAGUUUCAUCGAUCUCAAAUAUUGGGAAAAAAUUUUCAAGUUGAAAUUUUUAAACUGUAAAUUUCAGUUUUUAGCUCAAAAAUUUAGAUUGAUCUGAAUUUUAGGGUUACUGUAGCUUGAAUUCUUUCACAAAAAUCUUAAAUUUCAGUCUACUCUUGGAUUGAUAAAAACAAAUUUCCAUUCCGAAAAGUUUUCCGAAAUAAAUUCCAAAAAAAUAUUUAUUCAUUUUUCAGGCGUGGAAUUCGAAACGUGUUCUCGUCAAAGUCAUUUUCAAUUUUUUUGGCUGGCUUCGAAUCAUCGACAAGAAGUUUUCAAAUAUAUUGGAUUUUGGACCAAAAUCGAGCAGAAUUUUAUGAUUUUUCAAACAAUUCGUAAUCGAAUAUUGAGGAAAUUUAAUUGGUUAUUGGUUCUCAAGUCAAAUAUUCGAACUCGAAAAUUAUGGAUUAGAAUUUGUAAUGAAAUAUUGGAGCUUCAGCUGAAGAUUCGAAUGAAGAUUUCGAAGGAAUUCGAUACAGAAAAAUCUCCAUUUUUUGUGAGAAUUUCUGAAAAUGAUUGUAAACAAUCCGGGCGUAACUCCGAUAACGACGCGCAGGGUAUUGGUAGCCGACCUGUGAUAAGUCAAAUGAGUGGCUCCCAUGCUUAAUGCAAAAACCACACCCCAUAUUUUGAAGAAUCUGAAGAUUUGGAUCAAAUUAUGGAUGUUUCAAAGAUUCUGGAAUUAUUCAAUUUUAUUUUGAUAUGAAGAAAUACGUGUGUAUCAAUCGACCAUUUGUUGCAAUUAUCGAAUAUCAUUUGGAUUGAGAUCGGAAGAAAAAAUAUUAGGAAAAUAAAUGGUGGAUCCAAUAUUUUUUAAUUAGUUGUGCAAAUUGCAAAAAUGGAUGAUUGAUUGGAUUGGAAAUUGAAAUUGGAAAGAAAAUUGGAUGAAUUCGAAUCGAAGGAAUAUUUUUGUGAUUCCAUAUUUCAUGAUAUCAAAAUUAGUAUUUUUGAGCGAUUAGAGGAACCGGAUUUGAAUACAAUUGGUGAGUUUUUUGUGUUUUUUUUCCAAAAAUCCAUAAUUUUUCUACUGAAAAAUUGAUGUUUUAUUUUCAAAAAAAGUUUCCGAAAAUCCAUGAUUUUUCUGACGUGAGAAAAAAACCCGUUUUCCUGCUGAAAAAUUGAAUUUUUUGAUUGUGUCAAGUCUCAAAAAAUGUGCAAAAUAUUUAAAUUUUUCUGCUCAAAAUUUAGAAUUUUUAAUCAAAGUUCAAAAAAUGUAUUGAAUUACCCUGUAAACCAUUUUUUACAGAUCAGAUCGGCUGUUGGAGAUUUUCGAGAACUCAAAAACUUGGAUGUUUUGAAGAAAAUGAAGAUUUCGAUGGAUUUUCGAUGAAGAUUUUCGGGGAUUCUGGAUGUUUUUCGAAGGAAUUUGAUAUGAUGAGAAUAAGUGUUGAUCAAUAUACCAUUCUUGCAACUUUCGAAGGUUUUAUUUGGAUUGCGAUCGAAAGAUGGAAAUAUUGGAGAAUGGUGGCUCCAGUAUUCUCAAUAUAG